AUGGGUCAAUCAUACUGGCUUCCAUCUUCUGAUUUUGUUUUAAGUCCAGUGUCCUCGGAUCAAUGGACAACAAAACCUCUGAACAAGUGUUCGGCACAAGACUUGAUUGCAACGAUGAAGCAUUACAAAUUUUCUGAACUCACGGAGCAUUCAAUGGACCAGAAGAUCAAGACUCAUGAUGUGCAGGGGUAUGAAUUUACCGAACUGGCAAAGGCGGUGGCUGUAGUUGAUAAAGAAAAAGAGAGACAAGAGAAGGAAAAUUUGAUCAAUUCCUUAUCCACCAAAUUGAAAAUUCCCAAAACAGUCGCAAAUGCGUUCUUAGAGGAGGUCAUAUUAGAGAAAAUUAAACAAGACAUUCAACAAUCACAGGAUCUUGUAACCACUAGUGAAACGACUUAUGAGAAACAUAGAGCAACAAUCAUGCCUCAGUCCGUUUCUUUAGUCAGUGAUGCAAGCACCUCUGGCCCUAUCGUUGAAAACUCCAAUUUUAAGAACGAUGAUGUAUUUCCUGAUUCGAGUUUAACAGAUUGGGAGAAAAAAGGGGUUACAGAGUUUAAGAAAAAGCUACAAGAAUUCGAAAAAUCAUGGUCGAUUAAACUAACAGAUGUGGGAUACACUGGUAAUUAUGAUGCGGAUGCUCAAAAUUCUGUGUGCAGAGAUAGAUUCAUGUACAAAACAUUUGGAAAACCAAUUUUAUCAAACAAGAAACGAAAAGAUACGAGAAAUGCUCCCUUUAUUGCUAUCAAAUUGGUCAUUUCAGAGUUGGGAGGGAACACGGUGCAUAAAUUAGCAAGAAAGCUUAUUGCUAAUGCUGUAGAUACAGAAUUUGGAAUUUUACAUACAGGGAUCAUAAUUGGAGAAUGGAAAUUUGAUUGGUACAACAACUCCAUUGUAUCUGUGAAGACGAAUAUGAAUGCAUCAAACUCAAUUUCUGUAAUUGAUUUAGGAUACUUGAACCAAGUAGAUCAAAUCAAGGAUGCAUUCGAAAGCAUUGCUAAAAUUUGUUGUAUUUAUAACGCAACCAAGACGUAUCACCAAAUGAGUUGUAAUUGUCAGCACUUUGUGAAAGAUAUUUUAGACUCCCUUGGCAUUAACAAACCUUCUGGAGGUUCGUUUGACAAGUAUUUCGAAGAUUUAAAAAGCGGCACUACGAAGAGAAAAUAUUACUAUUCAUAUACUCUUCAACAAUUCAUGAACUCAAAUCCAAAAGCAGAAAAGUACAAGGAGUUUUAUGGAAGAAAAGAAAUUGAGUUUGCAGACAGAGCAAGCAUCGACUUAUUUUGUUACUGGCUUGAAUCUUUGAAGUAUUUCAGCACAGAGGAAGGAAAGAUAGACUUCAAGCUGUUAAAAGCAUUUGAUAGAAGUUUCUGUAUUUCAGGAAACACACAAGGUCUUACCGUCAUUGAUUAUUCAACUAAAUCAGGUCUGAAAAGUCAAUCUUUCUUUGGUGUAAAGGGAUCGUUUGAAGAUAACAGUAUCAAAAAUAUUGAAUAUAAUGUUAGAGACUUGCACAUUUCAGUUCCCAAUUACAAAACAAGGAAGCUCGGAUCUGUAAAUUGA